GAUAAAUGUGGCCAUCUUGACCCCCGCAGACCGAACCCUUCAAGCAAAUCAGUGUAUCAAGAAUGUUCCAUUGGUCAUUCAAGGCAAAGAGUUUGUGGCAGAUCUGUUAGUCGUGCCUUUGAAAGGGUACGAGGUAAUCCUUGGAAUGGAUUGGUUAUCGAGCUACAGAGUUCAGGUCGACUGUGGAAAGGGAAGGUUGUUGUUCAGCAGAGAUAAACGACCAGAGAUGGUAUACUAUGGAAUCAGUCCUAGUAUGACUGUGUCUUUGGUAGCAGCAAUGAGAGUACAAGAUCUGUUUCAAGAUGGGGAAGUAUAUUUGGUGACCUUAUCGGUUAGUGGAGGAGCCACUAAUGAUGAAGUUAAGGUCGAAGACAUUGAAGUGGUCCAGGAGUUUAAGGAUGUAUUUGCACCACUAAAGGAAUUACCUCCACCUCGGAGUAAUCCCUUUAGUAUUGAUUUGGAGCCUGAAGCAAAACCUAUAGCUAAGGCACCAUAA